ACUUCCUGUUUGUGGGUCAUAUGAUCAAAUGUAACUCGUGCAAUGUAAAUACCACUGCAGUACUUGGACUUGUGUUCAUUUUACAUGAUUGUUGGAUGUUGGUGUGUCAAGCACAUGUUUGUACUGGGUUGACAAGCUGGUAACUAACUUUCUUCCAACGCCAUCAUGGAUCCUGGGGAGACCGGCCACUUCCCACCCUCUGAUGCCCCCUCCCAUGCUACUGCACAAUACUUCCCCUGGGAUCUUCGCUACCAACUCAUUGGCAUGGGUUUUGCCUUCUAUGCAACAAUCUUCAUUGUCUCCCACCUCCUGUCUGCAGCACUGUCCCACACCUACACCUCUCUUCUCGUUAAAGAGAAGGUUUUCUGGAACCUGGCAGCUACCCGGGCAGUAUUUGGCAUCCAGAGUUCAGUAGCUGGUCUCAGAGCUCUCACUCAGGACUCUGUGUUGAGCAGAGACAAAGUCAGAGGACAGGAGUACUGGUCGUGGUUCAAUGUCCUCACAGCCACAGGGUUCUUUGUGUUUGAGAAUGUAGCAUUUCACACCUCUGGUUUGAUAUUUCGCUCACUUGACCUCCCACUGGCAAUGCACCAUUUCUUCGCCUUGGCAGGAUACGCAGGAGCAGUAGUGUCUGAUGAGAUGGGACACUUCCUGCCAAUGGUGACGCUGCUACUGGAGAUGAGUACACCAUUCACUUGUAUUUCCUGGAUGCUUCUGAAGGCCGGCUGUGCCCGCAGCCUCUUUUGGAAAGCCAACCAGUGGAUGAUGAUCCACAUGUUCCACUGUCGCAUGGUCCUCACAUACUACAUUUGGUGGAUAAGCCUGACCCACUGGGAAGGAAUCACAAAACACAUGGCCCUGUCUAUGCGCCUCAUCUUCUUCAGUGGCCUGACUCUUCUUACGCUUAUCAUCAAUCCAUUUUGGACGCACAAGAAAACCAUGCAGCUGCUCAAUCCUGUCGACUGGAAUUUUGGUAACAGGCUGGUACCUGAGAAAAAUAUUACCGGGAACCAGGCAGAUGUUCCUGUGAAACCCCAUUUAAGCUAAGGAGGAGUCCGUUUCUGCAUAUUUUUUUACAUUUGCUUUUUGUCUUAACUUAUUUUUAAAGGUUCCAUUGAAAUUUAUCAUGGACUAAUGGGUAAAUGGUUGGGUGAAACUACCUGGACCUUCUUACCUACCUUUUAUUUCGACAUAAGUUAAAAAAUGACUUGGAUGUUACACUUUGUAUGAAUUAUCCUUUGAAGUAUUAUCUGAACUGACCAUUUUUAUUUUCACAUAUGAUUCAUUAAUUGAUAAAUGACAGCACAAAGAGACUGGGUCUGUAUUAGGUUUUAGGUAUUAGGUGAUAAAAACACCACAAUAGAAGAAAAUAGAAAACCAUGUUUGUAUAAAAUACAAAACAUGGAGUAACAUCCAGAUUGGGCCACUACUUGAUUGAUCCUUCUUACGAUGCAGUUAUUCAGAUCUGUUUUGGUAGUAUAGGUGACAUAAAUGCAGUGGAAUUGGUUAUUUGAGUUCUUUUUAACAGUAUUUUUUCGGUGUUUCUCGUUGUCAAGAAACAAAGAUCUACAGAGACAUAUCUGAACCAGUGUUGAUGCAGACUAAGCAAUACUAAAAUGAAAUAUAAGCUAAGUUUGGUUGCGCGGGUGUGCAAAGUGUUAUUAAUUAUUUCCAAGAAGCACUGGAAAUACUCUUUUUGCUGGCUAAGUUGUCCAGCUGGUUAACUGCAAACCUGUGAAACAAUAGAUCAAACUGUAAGCCUCAAUUCAGAAAUGGAGACGGCAACUAAAUGAUUGAUCAGUUGGGUCUCCAUCUUAUAACCUCAAUGUCACGGCCCACUGUCUUAUUACAUACAGCAUCUUAUCACUGUUUCUCUUGAAGUUGUUACAAUAACAUUGUGUUUUUUUCUUCCAUAUAAGAGAGUAUUCUAAAUUGGUAUUAACAGGCGGGGAGAAGGUUUUCCUGUUACAUGUCUGCCAUAUGCCAAAAUCACCACCUUUGUCUUUUGUAUUAUGAAAUGUGUUCUUUUGAAUUGGUGUUACCAAAUAAAAUAUCUGCUGACACAGCAAAA